AUGGGGUGCCUGCAGAGCGUGGCCUGCAAGGCGCGGGUGCGUCGGGAGCAGAUCGUGGUGUCGGACGUGUCGGCCACCAUCGAGCCGGCGGCCACCGCCAUCGAGGAGAGCUCGCCGGUGGUGCUGCGGUACCGCACGCCCUACUUCCGCGCCUCGGCCCGCGUCCUCAUGCCGCCCAUCGCCCGGCGGCACACCUGGGUGGUGGGCUGGAUCCAGGCCUGCAACCACAUGGAGUUCUACAACACCUACAGCGACCUCGGCGUGUCAAGCUGGGAGCUGCCCGACCUGCGAGAAGGAAGAGUAAAAGCCAUCAGCGAUUCGGAUGGCGUGAGCUACCCCUGGUAUGGAAACACCACAGAAACUGUGACCCUGGUUGGGCCCACUAACAAGAUCUCCAGGUUCUCGGUGAGCAUGAAUGACAAUUUCUACCCCAGUGUGACGUGGGCUGUCCCUGUGAGCAACAGUAACGUGCCGCUGCUGACCAGGAUUAAAAGGGACCAGAGCUUUACCACGUGGCUGGUGGCCAUGAACACCACCACCAAGGAAAAGAUCAUCCUGCAGACUAUAAAGUGGAGGAUGCGAGUGGACAUUGAGGUUGAUCCCAUGCAGCUCCUGGGGCAGCGGGCACGGCUGGUGGGAAGGACUCAGCAGGAGCAGCCCCGGAUCCUCAGCAGGAUGGAGCCCAUCCCACCAAACGCACUAGUGAAACCCAAUGCCAACGAUGCCCAAGUCCUCAUGUGGAGACCCAAGCGAGGCCAGCCUAUAGUCGUGAUACCUCCCAAGGCAAUGCAAGGAGCGUGAGUGUGAUCGAACCGUGCCUGUGGCAAAUGCUGCUUUCCACCCAACUGGAGGUAGAAGUGGAGACCGUGCCUGCUGGAUGUGGAGGGCUCCUGCAGUGACCCUUCCCGCUGGGGCACGGGUGUCCCCGUGGUGUCUAUACCUAUGCAUUUUGGAUUGAUAAUCGACCCCUCGCCCUGCCUGCUGGGACUGGGCGGGAGGGCCUGUGAGUGGGUUGGGAGCUGGCAGUGCCAGGGUGCUGAGCCAGAGCCCGGUGCUGGCUGGUGCCACUGCCCGGGAGGGGUUUUUCACAGCCAAGGGGAAGCGGGACACGUUUUGCAUGCGUCUGGGUGUGUUUGGAGUAGUUGUGAGUGUAGGAGAUGCCAUAGCUCUUUUCUGUCUUGGAGUGAGAUCUAAGGGCAGGUUAGAUGUCCUUUCGUUUUAAGGUGCACUAAAUCUUUGCAGUUCCUCAACCUCCCCCUGCCCCCAAAUCCCUCUGACCCUUCUUUUAUGGAAGCAAAAUCAAUUCUCAGCAAGCGAGAAAUUGGGAGCGGUUCCCGUUCACCCAGCCCAGGUGCUCGCUGACUGCGUGUGUGGGGUACCCAAACCAGCUUGGAGGUACCCCAGGACUCGCACGCUUCCCCUGCAGACCCAAGUUUCUUGCAAGAAGUUGGGUACUUGCUUGUUUUCCACGCAAAUGCUGGUUCAUGUGGAGACCCUCCUCCUCCUCAGCCACCCAUGGAGCAGGGUGGCUACUGGCAGGGAUGCCGGUGGAGGGGAUGGCGUGCCUUGCGGUAACUCCUCAGGCUCUGCAGGGAAGGGGUUCUUCUCUCUGUGGGUUGGAGGCACGGAUGUGAGCAGAGGCUGUGCAGGGCAGGCCAGGGUUUGCCUGGGAAGGAGGAGGCAAGCAUGCUGCCUGGGUGCUGCCUCCUGCUGCUGCAGGUGCUUGGGGGAUAACAGCGGGUUUUAUUUGCCUUUCUCCUCGCCCCUCGCUGCCUGGAUGGCUGGCAUCAUCUGGUCUGUGGGGCGGUGCGGUGCUGUGGGCUGCGACCUGCAGUUCCCACUAUCUCGCCCUCAAGAUGCAGCAGAGGCAUAAGCCACGGCCGUGCUGCCAAUGCCCCAGGUGCCCCAUCGCUCCUGGGCAUACGGUUACGGUUUUCGCUGCUUUCUCUGCUCCGUCCACUGCCCCAGCACGAGCCCUGCGGCUCCUCUGGCUCACACCCCUGCCUUCGCACCACGGGAGGUUUGCGCUGCCCUGGGGAUGCGGGUAAUUCCUGCUGGGAGGGUCCCAUCUUCUGUCCUGCUACCAGAAGAGCCUGGGGAGGGUUGCCGUAUUUGGCACUUCUGUGCAAAGCCUCUCCUGCGGUAUUAGCAGCGCUGCCCUGAGACUGGCCGUCGGGACACCCAGCCCGGUGCUGCUUUGCUCCCCAGGGUGUGCUGGCACAUCCCUGCGGCAUCGCUCUGCAGAGCGUGGCUGAGCUCCUGCAAAGCUUCUUCAGCCAUGGCUUGUGCUUUUCCAGGGUGGGAUGUGCACCCCGGUCCCUGCUGGUGAAGGGGCUCCCUAGACCAAAAAUCCCUGUGAAAUCCCCGUGCUACUUACUAUUCUCAGUAGUGUUUGCUGCUGAUUCGAUUCUUUAUUUAUUUUUUCCUUUGGGAGUGUUGCAUUUUGACGCCUUGACGCACACUUCCCUGUGCCGGGGCCAGUGGUCCUGCUCCUCCCGCUCGGCCUCACGGUGGGCUGGGAACCUGCUGCUUUCGGUGCCUAUGUCUGGGUUUUGCCAGGGGCUACAGCCUUGCAGCGAGGAAGGUUUGGAGGUAGAGGGGGCUCUGAACUUUGGUUUGCUGUGUUUUCUGGAACAAAACUACUGGGAGCUUGCUGGCAUGGGAAGAUGUCGUGCUCUUGUGAGACUCUGCCCAUGGUUUUGUCCUGGUAUGGGAUUGACAGCUUUUGCUGUCACCAAUGUUUCGUUUCUCAAAAAGCAUGUGUGGAGAGGGUUUAGAAACUUUAAAUGCAAUUUUCCUUAACUUUUGGGGGAGGAAGAGGGGUAAGUACCUUUCAGUUUGAAAUUAGGCAGAUGUAUACUUUGGACCCAGUGGGACAGAAAUGUCUCUGGCAGCAUCAGAGCUAAAAAGCCAGAGGAGGGGGUUCCG